GCGGGUGGAGCUCGCAUCGGUGUUCGUGAGGGAGUUCGUGGCGGUGGUCGGGGCGCCGGACGGCGCCGAGCAGAGGAGCUUCCGCCGCCACCAAGAUCCAUCAAGAUCCGGCGUCCAACUUGAGGACUUCAUGGAGGCCCCUCUCGGCAGCAGCCUUCGCUGGCGGCGGCGGCGGCACCCGGAUAAAUCUUCAUCCGAGACCAUCGAGAAAUUUCAGUAUUUGAGAUUCUGAUUGGUUUCUGCCUGCGCGUGUUCAGGAUGGUUGAGAGGUCGGACCUGGUGGCUCUCGAGUUCCUCAUGUCCAAGCAGCCGCGCGACAGAGUCCGCGUCUCCGAAGGCAACGCCGUGGGAGCUCGCGCGCCAAACAUCUUCAACGAGGUCGCCAAGUUCCAGAAAAGAUUCGAGGAGAUGAAGCACACAUCCGCAACAAGAGAAUCCCUGGAGACAGAGACAAUCAAGCAAUCAAGGACUUCAGCCGUGCACACCAUCAGAUCCAUGUCAAACUGGUGGUACUGGCGUCCAUUCGGGUCAUCGGCGCCAGCCACCAUCAUCCUCGCUUCACGCCUCCUACCGCUGCCGGCGGCAGCAUCAUCUUCUAAAGCAGCUGACCCCGUGGCGGAUAGACUCCAAGAAGCUGUCGCCGCCCAGCGUAAAACGGAAGGAGCGGCGACCGCAGCCACGGCGCACGCCCACCGCGACGACUACUGGACCCCGCAGCUGAACCUGCCAUCGUCUGCCUCUCCACCGAGCAUUCACCAGAGGGGAAGGGACGCUCCGUAA